CGAAGCCAAUGAACGUCUUUGGAGUGAGGGAGGAAACCGAAGAUCUCGGAGAAAACCCACGCAGGUCACGGGGAGAACGUACAAACUCCGUACAGACAGCACCCGUAGUCAGGAUCGAACCCGGGUCUCCGGCGCUGCAAGCACUGUAAGGCAGCAACUCUACCGCUGUGCCACCGUGCUGUGUCUAUAUGUAAAGCUGAUGAAUCCAUCAUAUGAGCUUUUUGCUUUGAUAUUUUCGACACUCAAAGGCAAUAAAAUAAUUUUAUUAACUCACUUAAAAAUAUGUAAUUGCUGCUUCGAGCACCGUAUUCACGUAAUGAGACGGGCAGCUUCUUACACCGAUUCUUCAUGUUACACGAGUGUAAGCUGAGAAGAUUUCAGUAAAUCAUUAUGUCGUGCAACUCUGUUUAUAUGAAACUGUUAUUCUCAGGGGAAAAGAAGGUUUCAUUUGAAAAGUUUGGCCCUGUGAUCUUUGCCUAAUGAGGGGGACCUGCUUCCUCUGUUUCACCCCAUAACUGUUCUAGUGUUGACUCAAGCUAUGUUGAAUAAAAUGAAAACAAUUAUAAAAAACCACCAGGCAAAUGAAUUCAGCUUCUUUGCAACCAGGGUGAGAGAGAGAGAGAGAGAGAGGCUGUGUGUGAUAUUCACCGGGUUGGUGGUAGUUAAUGCCAAAGGUUUAACAUUCUGGCAUUUUAAACUGUGGACCUUUUUUUCCCCCCUUCAGAUGAACAAGUGCAGUGUUAUUGAGCCCUUUCCAGAGGAAUAAAGGCAGCCUUGUUGUCAGUCAGGGUGGGGGAGUAGGGUCACAUUGCUUUCGGCUGCACCAGUUUGACAGACACCGCUCAGUCUGGGAGCUCUCACCCUUGCCAACUCCUCUCUCUCCCUCUCCCUCUCACAUACACACACUGCACACUCUCACUGCGCUCCCCCUCUCUCUCGUCCUGCCUGCCCGCAUGUGUGCUGAUUUGUGAGGAGGCUACAGGCAGCUCAGACGGACUAAAAAAGGACUGCUAGGAAGGUUAUCCCCGGCUCGGGUGUGGAGAUGUAUUCAGGAGAGUAACACCCUGACAUUGCCGGACUAAUUCAUGAACGAGCCUCUGGGAACUGAAAGGAUAUCCAGGAGUGUGAAAGUGCGGUUGUGAAUGACAACAUCAUGGACAAACAGAACAGAAACACUACAGACCAGAUGAAAAAGGCAAAGAAAACCAUUCAGAAUACACCCCUGGACCUGAUUGAUACGGGCAAGGGGCUGAAGGUGCAGACGGACAAGCCACACCUGGUCAGCCUGGGCAGUGGGCGGCUCAGCAUCGCCAUCACCUUGCUUCCCCUUGCAGAAGGGACCACCACGUUUGGCAGCUCCGAUUGUCCCUCACAAGACAUCAGUAUUCACGGGCCGGGGAUUGCCGCCCAACACUGCCACAUCGAGAACAGGAAUGAAGUUAUAACCCUGCACCCACACGGCAACCCGUGUGCAGUCGAUGGCGUCUAUGUGAUCCGGCCCACACGUCUCAGCCAAGGGUGCAUGCUCUGCUUUGGACAAUCAACAUUAUUUCGCUUCAACCACCCAGCGGAGGCUCACAGAAUGAAGAGUAUGAUGUCCGGCAACCAGAACUCCCCGCUGACCUACGGCCGAUCUUCAGAUCCCGCUAAUCUAGUAAAUGGCAAUCACCAACCUCCCCUUAAUGAAGCCUCGAGCAACCAGCCGUCCAGAUCCCAAGCCACUCCGAGUUCACUGGUCAGCUCCAUUGAGAAGGAUCUGCAGGACAUCAUGGACUCUCUGGUGAUGGAGGACGCCACCACUCCCAGUAAAAAGCAGGCUGCCAAUGUCCAGUCACCCUUGUCCCCAAUGGUCAAUGGCGGAGGGAGGUACCUGCUGUCACCUCCACUCAGCCCUGGUGCAAUGUCAGUGGGGUCAAGCUAUGACAAUAUGUCCCCACCAUUCUCACCCCUAUCGUCCCCAUCGCCGGGCAGCAGCAGCAGUUGUACCAGCCAUUCGCCAGGUGCCCUGGACCAAGUGGUACUGCCCCCCACUGUGCCUGUUCGCUCUUCCAGUUACAACCACAUGGUGCAGCCUCCAUCCCUGUGGCCAGUGCCGGGCUACAGUGGCGUGAGUGUGGACACGGCCAAGUGCAACGGGGUUGGUCCAGGCCUCCAGCGAGUGCCGGAGAGUCCUCGCGCUCACAGGAAAGUGCCCAACGUCCACGAGACUCCACCAAGCCCAACCCUUAACCGCAGAGCGUUUCCACCAGAUGCCUUGAAUUCAGCAACGAUUAACGAACCCAGGAAGAUGCCGGAAAGUUCCAAACUAUCCCUACAAAGUCACAACGUGCCCUUGGUUGCCGUUAGUCCAGGUGACUUCAGUGGUGGGAACUCUAGAGGUCAAGUUGGUUCUGUCCCCGGCAGCCCGAGAUCUGGGGUCAAGUUUUACCCAUCCCCAAGCCCCAGGACCAAGGGAGGUGCCCUGCAAGAUAGGUCUCCAAGCCCUUUCAGAGAGGCCAAGGAGACUCCCAUUGACCGGUCCAUCACCUCCAGCCCAUCGCGGCUGACGUCCCCGAGAGGGUUCCAGCCUUUGGAGAGCUCAGGGUAUGUCCACGUUAACCAGCCUGUCCAGUCACAGCCAAGAAUCCUCCAGCCUCCCGACAGUCCCCGAGUGGGCAGAAGAAGCAUCGAGAGCAUGAGAGAGUUGCCUCCGUUAAGCCCUUCGAUGACCAGGAGAGUUGUACCAAUCGCCACCUUCUCAAAUCUUCCAAGUUCUCCUCAGUCCAGGACCUCUCGAGACGUGGUCCACCACGACAGCCCCUCGCACCAGACCAAACUGGUCAAGGAGUUGCCAGAAAGCCCUCGGUUUAGACGCAAGUUUUCGUCCGGCUCAUCUGAAAGGAUCGAGGACUUCUCGCUGCUGAGCGUGUCUGGGUUGAGCACCUUGAGCAGUGGGAGAGGAGUGAGGGAUCGCAGCCCUUCCCCAACCCUGCUCCCCGUCGAGCCUCCACGGAAAGCCUACGGGAAUACUUUAACCCCAGCGCACAGCCUGUCUUCAUUGUCCAUCCCAGCCCCGCUGCAGAGCCCGAGAAUGCAGAGGAAAAUGUCGGCGGAUGACAGGAUGCCCGUGCCGCGACAACGCAAGAACAGUAUUUCCGAAAUCAGCGACAAUGAGGACGAACUCCUGGAUUAUCACCGCCGGCAGAGAGAGGAACGGAUCCGGGAGCAGGAGAUGCAGAUGUUGGAGCGGCAGAGGCUGGAGACCAUCUUGAACCUGUGUGCUGAGUACACCAAGACAGACUCGCCCACCAGCCCUGACAUGGGCAAGGUGCACCAGGCUGCCGCCGAGCAGCUGCAGAUCGAGGAGCCGAGACUGUACCCCGGCGUGGCCGAGCCUGCUCCCACCACCACCAGCAGAGGCACAUCCAUGGACAGGUGCACAGGAGGCAAGGUCUUCAGCCAGCCCAGCCCAACACACCCAGCCCAACCCAGCGCUCAGAAACCACGGGAGGGCCUGGAGAGAUCUGACGAGGAGAACCUCAAGGAAGAAUGUAGCAGCACGGAGAGCACGCAUCACGAGCACGAGGACUCGGCGGGUGGCCAGCCCGCCCAACAGGUGGCCUACCUGGAGGAGGAGCGGGUCAGGGUUCUGGCCAACGUGGAUGAACUGAAGCAAAGGAUCAAAGAGCUGGACCAACAACUGGAGGAGUCCAGUCAUGAGGCGGAGAUGGAACGAGCACUGCUUCAGGGAGAGCGCGAGUCUGAGGUCGCUCAGAUCCACCAGGAACAGGAGAUCAUCAAUCAGUUGGAGGAGAAACUUUCCGAGCUUGAGAACAACAUCCAGAGAGAAAAAGACCAGGAAAGGGUAAAGCUUGAUGCAGAGAAACAAGAAGUAGAGAGACUGCAGUCGCAUUGCCAUGAGCUGGAGCGUCAGCUCGAUAACUGCCCUGAGUCAAUGAGGGAACAGUUACAGCAACACCUGAAAAGGGAAGCCGAGGCUCUCGAGUCUGAAGCCAAGCUGUUUGAGGACCUGGAGUUCCAGCAGUUGGAGAAGGAGAGUCGCCUUGAGGAGGAGCGGGAGACGGUGAGCCAGCAGCUCCAGCACGACAAGGCUGAGUACCAGCGCAGCGCCAUGCGGAGAAAGGACAAGGUUUCUGCUCUGGAGAACCAAGCCAAUCAGAUCCGCUACCAGGCCAUUCAGGAAUACGAGAGGGUAAACCGGGAGAAAAACGCAAUGGUCCAGAUGUUGCAGAAGGAAAAAGACAAACUGGCCAAUCUGGAGAAACAAUACUUCAUGGUGACCGGUGGCAAAACCUUCUCCAAAAGUUCCUCAGCAUUGAAAGAGGAUGUCCUACGUAUCACAGAGUCUAGCGACAUGUUAGAGGAGACUAAAUUCCAGCAUUGCUUGCCAGGAAAAGCUGCUGCUCUGUCCCCCUCUCCUUCCACCCCAUCGUACCCCCGGGUACAGGAGGAGUACAUGAAGCUGGCUGACGUGUUUAAGUUCUACAGUGACAUAUAUGGGACAGACAGUGACGCUACAUUCUCUGCUCCUCCACUGCAUUCUCUGCCGCUUACUGUACCUCCAUCAGCCCACGAGGAGUACGUUACUCUGGGCCAGCUCAAGGAGUUGUACAGUAGAUCAACGGCCAGCUCAUCUCCAGUCCCGUUCCACACUAACUCAGCCUCCGCCUCUCUGCUUCUGCCCGCUGAAAGCUCCUUGCUGGCUUCUACCUCUGCACUGUUUGCAGCUGAGCAGCCUACCAGCAAGCUGCUGCCCUCUACGUUGGAGCUAGAGAGAUGGUACCAAGAAGUAAUGGCUAACUUUGAUGCCUCAUCUUCUCCACCUCCAAUUUCCUCUUCUCCGCCUCCUCUUCCAGCUAAAACUCACUCCACGCGAAGAUCUCUUCAGGUCUACCGAUCCAAGCUGGAGAGUGAUGUAAGCGGCACCCUACCCCGGGCAAAGACGGGCUCUGCUCCCUCCUCACCCUUCACCCCCACCACACAGGGGCGACAUUUUACAGCAAAGGGCAUCACGCUGGCACAGAACGGCACUGGCAGUCUACCACGAAACCUGGCCGCCACCCUGCAGGACAUCGAGGUGAAGCGGCAGCUGGCACUGCAGCAGAAAGAGUCAAUAAACAGAACGGAUCACAAAAGAGGCCACCAGGUGAUUGAGGAACAACGGCGACGGCUGGCGGAGCUGAAGCAGAAGGCGGCAGUGGAGGCCCAGUCCCAGUGGGAGGCGCUACACAGCCAACACUCGCCCAUGUAUGUCCAGCAGAAUCAGCCCUACACCCUGCUGGCUCACCAGCCCUCCCACCUCAUCCACCACAGCAUCCUCCACCACCACACCCAGCCUCUCUCCGCCCAGCACAGCGGCAGCGACAUGGAGCAUGCCUUCGACACGCUCAGCUUGGAAAGUUCGGACAGCAUGGAGACCAGCAUCUCCACCGGAAACUCAGCCUGCUCGCCCGACAACAUGUCUAGUGCCAGUGGUGUAGACGUCUGCAAGAUCGAGGAGAUGGAGAAGAUGUUGAAGGAGGCCCAGGCUGAGAAAGCUCGCCUUUUGGAAACAAGGGCACGCGAGAUGGAAAUCCGUCGCCAGGCAUUUGAGGAAGAGCGCAAGAGACGUGAGGAGUUGGAGAAGAGGCUCCAGGAAGAAACUGUCCAUCGGCAACAGCUGGUCGACAAGGAGGUCAAGAUGCGGGAGAAAAAUUUCUCACAGGCACGGCCUCUAACCAGGUAUCUACCCAUCAGGAAGGAAGACUUUGACCUGAGGUCACAUAUCGAGUCAUCAGGGCACAACCUGGAGAUCUGUUACCAGGUCACCAUGACCGAGAAGAUGUGUAAAGGUUACCUGACCAAAAUGGGCGGGAAGAUUAAAUCCUGGAGAAAGCGCUGGUUUGUGUUUGAUCGCAUGAAGCGGACACUGUCGUAUUACGUGGAUAAACACGAAAGUAAACUAAAGGGUGUCAUUUAUUUCCAAGCCAUCGAAGAGGUUUACUAUGACCACCUCAGAAGUGCCUCAAAGGGGUAUUUGAGCCUGCACACAAUAAAUAGCCCCAACCCCAGCCUGACGUUCUGUGUGAAGACCCAUGAUCGCCUGUACUUCAUGGUGGCUCCGACUCCAGAGGCCAUGCGGAUCUGGAUGGACGUGAUAGUGACUGGGGCCGAGGGCUACACGCAGUUCAUGAGCUGAGGACCAGGGAAGCCCCUUCUCCUUGGGGUGGAGUGAGUUGGCCAUGUGUGGAGGAGCCUCACACACACUAGACCUGCUCAGCCCAGCGUCUGUAUUGACUGACUGACUCUCCCUCUCCCUGUCUCCCUGUCUCCCCCUCCCACACAAUUACUCCUGGCCUCUGCUGACCGCGGGCAAUCGGUAAACCAGUCCCCUCACCGUGCGGUGCGCAGGCGGGCAGCGUGGCCUUCUCUAACGCUUUUGCCAGAAGUUGGCGUCAGACAAACGAUAAGGAGAAACUUCUUCACCCUCAAGCAAAACAAGAGGCUGCAGAUGCUGCCGCCCAGCCUCGCAGAAUGGACACGGUCUCUCCAAGCAGAUGGACAAACGGAGACUACAGUGAAGAUGAAAGAUACAAGGAGAUGAAUAAUUGGCCCGGAACAUCAGGCUGGCUUCACCAAUGCUCUACGAUGCAGUCACCAUGGGGACGGGUGGUUGGACGGGGUAAGCCCUGCCGCCUCUGGUCAACACAAACGCUCGGUCUUCAGUGACGGCCAAACACGCACUGGCAGACCAAAGGAACGUGACGGUUUCUCCAUGAGCGCACGCGUGUGUGGACUGACUGCGGAGAUACUGGCAGCACACGCGUGUGUGGACUGACUGCGGAGAUACUGGCAGCACAUGCGUGUGUGGACCGACUGCGGCGUUAUCGGCAGCGAGAGCGACGGGGUGAACUCAGAGUUGCCCGCGGACAUGGUGGAGACUAUGUGCCUUUAACCCUCUGGCCCGGGGAAUCCAAGUGCUCAGUCUAAGGACAUCUUUUGGUAUAAGAACGUUUCUCUUGAACUGAAUCAGGGAUUGAAAUAUGUUUUAUUUUAUUAACUUUUGGUCUUGUUGUUGAACAUCUCUGUUAAAAGAUGACUUCAGCUGAGGUAGCCGCGCGGCAGAACUUACCUCAACAAUACGCGUGAUUUUUACCGUUUUUAUAAAUACUAGAAGCCCAGUAUUGCUUCUGACUCCCACAUGCCCCGUGCCAUAGUCUGCUUCAUACAUCAGUAACCAUUCCCCAUUUGUGCUUUCCUGCACCCUGCCUUUAAGCCAGUUUCAUACCACGGACAAGAAGAAAGGGGAAUUCCAUCUCGAGAAUCGAGUUGUGUUUCUCGAGGACAAUGUGUGUUAAAGGAUUGACAGAUCAAGUGGUUUCUAGGAUUUGUUGAUCGAAAGCUCAGCCACGUUACAUGAGCUUCAUCCCAGCCUUGGCUACAGGACAUUGUGAUGGCUUAAGUUGUAUCACAUCUCGUUGGUCAUUAGAGAUGUGGACUUGCCCGUUGCAGAGGAUUAAGGACCUGUCCCACUUGUGGCCACUGGCUGGCCUCAUAU